CCCUCUUAUCCUUCACCAAACUAAAGCAACUCUCCACCACGUCCUGAUUCUAACACAGUUACUUCCAAACUCUUUGAGCUCUUCCGACAGAGCCAUUAAUUUCAAGCUCUGUUAAUGGCACUAACAAGUCCUCAGUUGCAGAAAUUCCUCUUGGCAAAGCUCCAAAACUACAGCAGGUCCAGCUUCAAGCCACCGAAGAAAUUCACUAGUACCGCCAAACCAAGAAGCCGAUGCUGCUCGGCUAUUGCUAUCGAUGUGCCGUCAUCGCUAACCGGAUUAGCCGGUGUUCGUUGGGGAUUGACAACCCUGCAGGGUCUUCGGGAAGAGAUGGAAGACGAUGCUGUUGUCCGGUCUGAUGGCCUUGAUGGGUUCUCGUUUGCUGCAGUUUUUGAUGGGCAUGGUGGGUUUUCUUCAGUCAAGUUCCUCAGGGAUGAGCUAUAUAAAGAAUGUGUUGCAGCUUUACAAGGUGGGUUACUUCUGAAUGGAAGGGAUUUCGAAACCAUUAGAGAAGCAUUGCAAGAGGCGUUUGCAAAGGCUGAUUCAAAGCUAUUGAAUUGGCUUGAUGAAAUGUCUGGGGACGAAGAUGAAUCUGGAUCAACAGCGACUGUUAUGUUGAUUGGAAAUGAUAUGCUGUUUAUUUCACAUGUUGGUGACUCAUGUGUGGUCCUAUCUCGCACUGGAAGAGCAGAAAUCUUAACCAAUCCUCAUCGACCAUAUGGAAGCAACAAGGUCUCACUUCAAGAAAUCAAAAGAGUUAGAGAAGCAGGUGGAUGGAUUGUAAACGGAAGGAUUUGUGGAGACAUUGCUGUAGCUCGUGCUUUUGGUGACAUGCGGUUUAAGACAAAGAAAAAUGAGAUGCUAAAGAAGGGAGUGGUAGAAGGGAAAUGGUCUGAAAAAUUUGCUUCUCGUGUACAAUUCAACGCAGACUUGGUUACUGCAUCUCCAGAUGUUUAUCAAGUAGCUCUUGGGUCGGAUGCAGAAUUUGUACUGUUAGCAUCAGAUGGCCUAUGGGAUUACAUGAACAGCUCAGAUGCAGUUACUUUUGUUAGGAAUCAACUUCGAAAACAUGGAGAUGUUCAACUUGCUAGCAAAGCACUUGCAGAAGCAGUUCUGGACCAACGAUCACAAGAUAAUGUCAGCAUUGUCAUUGCUGAUUUAGGCCGGACAGACUGGCAAACUUUGCCACUUCAGCAACAAAAUUUUUUAUAUGAAUUGGGCCAAGCUUUUGCUACAAUUGGUAUUGUGUCAGUUGGAAUUUGGAUGUCAUCUCAGCUGUCUUUAUAAAUUUGAGCCUCUGGCAGUGUAUACAAAUCAAUAUAGAUUGUCACAUUCUCUGUAUUAUAUUAUUGAACGUGUCUUAAAUAAUGUUGACUUAGGAAAUUUAGAAUGACCUUAAAGAGUACCAUGAACUUUGCUGCAUCA